UUUUGUCCCUCCGCGCUUUCCGUAUGUUUUCGAGCUGUCAUGUGAAUCCAGUGAUUGCUAAAACGUUUAGAGAAAACCGACUUUAUCAAAUUAACAUUUUAUAUUUUCGAUUAAAAUAAAUAGCCAAAAUGCUCUCCCGUUUAUUAAAAGAACACCAAGCGAAACAAAACGAAAGGAAAGAGUUACAAGAAAGACGAAGGCGAGAGGCCAUAGCAGCUGCAACAUGUUUAACAGAAGCUCUGGUGGACCAUCUCAAUGUAGGGGUGGCGCAGGCGUACGUCAACCAGCGCAAGCUGGACCAUGAGGUGAAGACGCUGCAGGUUCAGGCCAGUCAGUUUGCCAAGCAGACGGCUCAGUGGAUCAGCAUGGUGGAGAACUUCAACCAGGCCUUGAAAGAAAUCGGAGAUGUGGAGAACUGGGCACGAAGUAUUGAGAUGGACAUGCGGACAAUCACGACAGCUCUGGAAUAUGUGCACAAAGGCCCGGUUCAGCCCACGUCUUCAUGAGCAGAUGGACUCAUGUGAAACUUGGACACUGCUAUUCGAGACAUUUGUGUCUCGUUUAUUCCUGUAAAGAAUUGCUGGAACAGCUGUUUAUUUCUGAUUUGUUUCAUUUUUAUUUUUUGUUUUACAUAAUAUUAAUAUGCUUGCAUAAUAAAAAUAUCUAUCGUGCUAAAACUG